AUGUCUAAACAAUUAUCAUACGAGUUAUUAGUGUUGAUAAAGGAUGAUCUUUUAAAGGGAAUCAGUCAAAGAAUGAUUGCGAUAAAAAGGGGUGUAAGUAAGACUGCUGUCUCAAAUGUUAAAUUUAAAAUAGAUAAAAACAUCCCAAUUACACGUAAAUAUGGAUCAAGGAGGCCUGAAAAGCUAAAUAAUGAUUUAAAACUUAAAUUUUUUAAGAUUUAUGAUAAAAAUCAUAGAUUAAGUUUAAUGGAUAUUACAAAAAUUUUUUGUAAUAACUUUAAAAUUGAAAUUUCCAGGUUUACUGUAGCAAGAAUUCUAAAGAAUUUUAGUUUAAUAACUAAAAAACUUGCUAAAAAACUACUAUUGAGACCAUGA